AUGGAUGUGAUCAUAGCUUACCUUUAUGGUUCACUUGAUAAUGAAAUUUAUAUGAAUAUUCCUGAAGAAUUUAAAAUGCCUAAAGCAAUUAGUUCAACGUGUCGGAAGAUGCAUUUAAUCAGAUUACAAAGAUCAUUAUAUGGUUUGAAAAGAUCAGGGCACAUAUGGUAUAAUCGCUUAGGUGAGUACUUGAUAAAUGAAGGUUAUACGAAUGAUGCCAAUUGUCCAUGUGUUUUUAUUAAGAAAACAAAAUCAGCAUUCAUUAUACUUGCUGUUUAUGUUAAUGACAUAAACCUAAUUAGAACUCUAGAAGAGCUCCAAAAGGCGAUUGAAUAUUUAAAGAAAGAAUUUGAGAUGAAAGAUCUCGGAAAAACAAAACUUUGUCUUGGAUUGCAGGUUGAACAUUUAGCAGACGGAAUCUUUAUCCAUCAAUCUGCUUAUACCGAAAAAGUUUUAAAUAUUUUACAUGGACAAUGUGCAUCCAUUAAGUACUCCAAUGGAAGAAAUGAAGAGCGUUUUGGUCCUGAAGUACCAUAUCUUAGGGUAAUUGAUGCACUAAUGUAUCUUGCAAACGCUAGCAGUCUCUCAUUACAGAUCUUGUUGGUUAAGCAGAUGCAGGUUAUUUAUCUGAUCCGCAUAAAGCUCGAUCUCAAACAGGCUAUCUGUUUACAUGCGGAGGUACUACUAUAUCAUGACGAUCUACAAAGCAAUCCAUUAUUGCUACUUCUUCGAAUUAUCUUUGAGAUAAUAGCUAUUCAUGAAGCAAAUAGAGAAUGUGUAUGGUUGAGAUCAGUGAUAUAUUUUAUUAGAGAAAGAUGUGGCUUAAAGUGUGAUACAAAAACACCCACAGCAUUAUAUGAAGACAAUGUUGCAUGCAUAUCUCAAUUAAAAGGAGGCUUCAUAAAAGGAGAUAGAACGAAGCACAUUUCACCAAAGUUAUUCUUCACACAUGAUCUCCAGAAGAAUGGGGAUAUUGUUGUGCAACAAAUUCGUUCAAGUGACAAUCCUAUAGAUUUGUUCACUAAUCUUGCCAACAUCAACUUUUGA